CAACUCCACUCCUAUCUAGUCCAAUGAUUAUUUAGAUUUGAGAUUUAUUAUUCUAGUUACCUUCAUGAUCAGUGCUAUAGAAUUUUGUGAUUGAAAAUGUUGUUGUAGUAUUAAAAGGUAUUUGUGACCGUGAUUUGUGAGAGGUGAACUAUAAAUUCAUGAUAUAUUUUUAGAUGCUUUUUGUCACGGAAAAAAUGACUUAAACAAUGUCAGGAGGCAACUCUAAGAACAAAUCCCGCUCCAAGCGUCAUGAGGGCUGGGAGGAAGCUGGUGGGGAGUUCUACCAGGAGUUGUAUCCGGGUGGGGAGCAGGAGCUAUUUGAUAACCUGCAGAGAGCGGAUGCGGCUAAGUUGGCAACACUGUUGCCUUCAAAGCAGGCCAGGAAUACGACCACGGUGAAACGAUCCAGGCCUCAAAAUGAAAGACGACAGUCGACCUACGCCAGAACCACCCAGAGCAGAGACAUACACCUCUCCAUGCUACCUGAUCUCUCUGAAAAUCUGUCGAACGAAGAACGUACUUGGGAAGAGAUUAUGCAGAUAAAAGCAAUGCCGGUACCUAUGCAUCAGAAGCGGGAUCUAAAAGCCAGACUGCAGAACGCAACAAAACUUCGAUUGCAAGGGUUCGAACAAUUGCAAUGGAGGCAACGGAAAAUUUGGCACCGGUUUAGGAGUAGAUGCGGCGAAAUCAUGGGGAAACUCGAGCUGUGGCAGUCAUCACUGAGGGAGAUCGAGGGAAAAUUCGGGACAGGGGUUGUCGCAUACUUCCUCUUUCUCAGGUGGCUGUUUUUCCUUAACAUGGCCAUUUCCUCUUUUGUAAUCCUCUUUUUAAUUCUGCCAAAAGUGUUACUAGUCGAAAACCUUGAAGAAUGUAUCGAUGAAAACUCUACGAUUUGUUGUUCGGAGGCUUAUUUUACUCGGAAUUGGACCCGUAAUAAUGUGAUUUUAGAUUUAAUUCAGGGUACAGGAUUGAUGGAAAGAACUAUCCUGUUCUAUGGUGUGUAUAGUGCCCAAAUAUAUUCAUUUUUCAUUAAUUCGUGGGAAACUGAGUUGUUUUAUAAUAUGCCAAUGGCUUAUAUCUUAGUGCCAAUAAGUUGGGCUUUGCUGUCACUUGUAGCGAUAGUUAAAACUGGUGCAAAAGGCUUUAAAGAAAGAUUAGUUGAGAACGAGGGACAGUUUUAUGUAUAUUGCAACUUAGUUUUCGGCGGUUGGGACUUUUGUAUCCAUAAUGAAAAGUCCGCAAAAAUCAAACAUAAAGCCAUUUACAAUGAGUUCAAAGGUCUUCUAGAAGAAGAGCGAAUUAAAGAAGAAAAGCAAUUGCGCACUAAAGAAAGUAAUAUACUCAUGCAUCUACGACGUUUGUUAGUUAACAUAUUAGUACUAGUAAUAUUACUGCUUUCUGGCGUAUUAAUUUAUUUCGCGUUUAAUUAUUCAAUGUAUUGGCUCGAUGAGCAAAUGGCUCAAGAAAAUGAAUUUGUAAAUCGAACCGAGGGAAAAGUAUUCCUUGGUGAUUAUAGAGAAAGUGCGUUUUCGAUUGGACGAUUUCAGAAUACGCUUCUUGAAUUUCUACCAUUUCUGUGUAUAGUUGUUCUAAACAUAAUUGUGCCAGAAAUUUUUGGGUUUUUGAUUAAAUAUGAGAAUUACACACCUGCCCGUGUUAUAGUUAUAACACUUCUAAGAACUGUAUUGUUAAGGUUGUCAGCUUUUGCAGUACUUUUAAGUCAAAUUUACAUCCAAGUGACGAAUCCGAAUAGAGUGUUUUGUGCAGUUUUUACCGACGAGUCUCGGUUAGAUUGCUGGGAAACAUACGUCGGACAGCAGCUUUAUAAGUUGAUCUUAACAGAUUUCGCUUUGCAGUUCUUCAUGACUUUCAUUAUAAACUUCCCGAGAUCUCUCGUCGCACGACACUCCAAUAGCACUUGUCUAAAAGUCAUCGGAACGCAGGGCUUCUAUCUGCCGAAACACGUUUUAGACAUCGUUUAUGUCCAAACUAUUAUAUGGAUGGGAGCAUUCUUCUGCCCAUUUCUGCCAAUAAUUGGCACAAUUUUCACUUUUCUGAUAUUUUACGUUAAGAAAUUCGCGUGUUUAGUUAACAGCACUCCAUCGCCUAUCGUCUACAAGGCGUCUAAAUCGAAAUCCUUGUUUAUGUCAGUGCUUUUGCUUGGUUUUAUCAUAUCAAUUGCCCCUGUGGCUUAUUCUGUUGCUGAAAUUAUGCCGUCUGUAAACUGCGGGCCUUUCAGAGGUUUUAACACUGUAUGGGAAUAUGUGGUUGUCACGUUUGAAUCAUUUCCAAAAUUUAUCCGGGAAGUUAUAUUCCUCCUGGGCACUUCAACAUUUGCAGUUCCAGCGUUUGCAGUCUUAUUAUUCCUUUUAUAUUAUUAUUGCGCUGUCGCUGCAGCUAAUCGACAUAUGGUAACUGUUCUGAAAAACCAGCUGGUUUUAGAAGGUCACGAUAAACAAUUCUUGUUGAACCGGCUAAGUGCGUUUAUAAGGCAACACCAAAAGCGUUGCGACAGGCGAAAUCGGGCAAGCUUUGCUGACGAUGAUUCUAUACAAAAUAGUUCUAGGUAAAUAUGUUUUUAUGGUUGUGUUUGAAGAAGAUGUAUUGUCGUCGUCAAAACCGAGCUGACGCAGUGAAACUUAAUUGUGGAAUAAAUAAUAAAGCCUUCCCGCUUAGUUUUUUUAAAGCAUUGAUUAUUCAAUUUAUACACGUUAUUUAGGGAUUCGCUCCAUUUGAAUCAUAACAGUUUUAGUUUUCUCCUUUUAAAAUAGUACGGUGAAAAUUCUUCACGAAUGGUUAUCAGAUUUUAAAUAAUAAUAACCAGACAUCAUGUUUUCGAUGACGUAAGCACAUUAAAUUUUCAAAUUAUGUAUAUGUUUUUAUUAAUAAGAAGGAGAUACCCAUUAGUUUCGCGCGCUUUAUGUCCAACCUAACCACAGCCGCCGCGUUUUCCUUCAGCCCGAUUUCGUCCUGCUUUCUUAAGAAAACUGUUGCCUCUUUAAGGAAAAUGACAAUGUAUAUAUUUUUUUGUUUCACGUGAAGUUUACCUGUAUUGCAUUGCGCCUUGAGAAUAAGGCUGAUUUUAAGUUUUUUUUAUAUGAGCUCUCUUUUAUAUAGAUGAAUUUGUUAUGAGCCAUUUUCUUUGAUUCUUUACUCAUUAAAGGUUCAAACUGUAGUUGUUUUUGGAGACUUUUUAAUUUAGUAUUUUGUAAAUACUAAAUAUAUACAAUUAUUGAAUCACAAAUAUGCAUUUAUUUAGCAUUAAUUAAUUCAAGUGCUAGUUAUACCAGUUUUAUUUCCAAAGCUAAGACUUAAAACAUCAGUCAUUUUAAGUAUUAUAUUAAAUAAGUUAAAGGCGCAAUUGUUUUCUUAAUUGCAAUUUUAUUUCUACAUCAAAGUGAAAUAAAAUGAGUAUUAUACAGCACGACUGGUAAGACGCUAAAGAUGCUUAAAUAUUUAUCGACUACUUAACCGUAGGAACGCAUAAAUUAAGAUAUGUAAUAUAUAUACAAAUAUUGAUGGCACGAGAUGAUCGCGCAGUUCAGUGAGUUAACCACAUUUCAUUUAUUUAUUAUGAUAAUUAUUAGAACAAAGAUCGAGUACCCAGAACUCUCCAAAAAUAUCGUUAGGGUGCGUACAAGUUUGCCCCAAGUUGACGUUCAUUUGCCAUGCCACUUGCCACAUACAAAUUUUGUAGAACGCGACUGCCGCCCGUAGCAGCCAAUCCAGCUAGAACAAUCCGUGGCAACUAGACAGACCAGCUCAUUCUUGUAAACGAAAUUACCAAUAAAUUUAAGCUUGCUGGCAUCUUAAGACUCAGAUACUAGUCUGCAAAACUUUUUUAGAGUUUCAAUCAGUCAAUUGUCCAUUAUUACGUAUUCGCCGCGGGAGCCAGUUCACCAAAACUACAACCGUCCUAAAUGCGCGCGAGCGAACGACAGAAACUCCUUUGAUUGCGGUCUCAAAAAUCCACAGCCAACAGUUCGCCCCAUGCGGCGAUCUCGUCUAUGUUCAAUGGUUUGUCGCGUGUAAUUUGUACGCAUCUUUAGUGUCACCAGUCAAUGUAUAAUUGAAAUUAAAAUUGAUGAAAAAAAGAAACAUAAUAGCGAAAAAAAAAAAACAAAAUACUUGGUUAGUAUAACUUAUCUUCUCAACUAUACUUACAUUAUGAAUUAAGUAAGUAACACAUUGUUUUGGUACUGUUGCAAGCGCAAUAGUUGUGAGUUGACAUGAAAGCCAGUGUAUAGUAUUUUAAUCAAUAAUAAGAUUGUUAUAUUUAUAAUUAAUUGUAUUAGAAGUCCUAUAAUUUGUUCUUUUUCGUAAGGCCUUAAUCUUUUAUAGAGGUUCUGUCCAAUCUUUAGACUCAUUUUACGUUAACCUUGCUAUUUUUUACUUUCUUAUUUUUAAUAAGUAUAACUAUGUAUUAUUCCUUAGUCUAAAAUUGUAUGGUUUUGGGAUCUCUUGUUUCCACGAUCACCCCUUCAUUAGGUCUAUUUUGUGUGCUAUUUUAGUCGGUUACUCCAAUAACCCCAGCUCUGCCAGAAGUUCAGAACUUUCCUGAGAUUUUCAUACUUCUUGGAGCGACAUAAUAUGUUCGAAGAUUUUUGCCUGUACAUCCAGACAUAAUAAUAACUGACCGUUUAGUCUCAGACCAGACAGAUUGGGGAGACUAACUAUCCGUUACGCCAAUUGUAAUAGAUGCUUAUUUAGCAGUAGGUAUGUGCGCCGUUAGGGCGCCCACCACAAUUCUGAGGUUAAGUGUGAACGGUUCAGCCUGGGCGAUAGUGCGGCUUUCGAUUCCUUUCUGUCUGCAGCUUGUAUGGUUUGGCAGGGCAAAUAAUUUGUCAAAUAUGAUUUGAUAAGUCUGUUUUGUUUCUAUGAUACACUAAAUAUAUGUACAUUCCAAUAUACAUGUAUGUGUCUGCGUGACAUUUUAUUUAGCAUGGUUAAAGUUUUUGCUGGAGUCAUAUCAAAUUCGAUAUAUCUUCAAAGUAAUUGAGUCUUAAUUGUCUCACGUUUUUAUAUUAAAUUUUAGCAAUCCAUUUAUAUUCAGGUCAUUGUAAUUUCCAUAACCUGUUUUAUAUUUUUCAAAAUUUUGUACUGUUUACAUUAAUAUGUAUUAUAUUAUAUUCUUUUUCAGUUUCUUGUUUUAUGUUUGUCGUUCUUCAUCAUUAACUAUGUUUGAUUUUGAAAAGUAGAUUAUUACACAGCGUAAUACCGAACUCAUACGAAUUUUGAUGCUGUCUAAGGCUACUACUAAUAUUGAUGGAGUUCAGGCGAGUUUGUUCGAAUAAACAAUCACCUGUUUGCCAUUAACAGCGAUACAACGGAAAGUUGAAGCCAUUAGUAGAGCGAACAAAUAAGUUUCAUUCCUUCGUGCGACCUCUUUUUUGUUGGGUAGUUUCCACCCCAGUAUCUACUCCAAAGCAGCUGAACUCCUCCUUAAAUACUCGAAAAACUUUUAAAAUUCUUGAAAUCAAAGUGGCCACUCUACUUUGUCGCCUCUUGAAAAUAUCUGUAUGACAUGCUCUUCUUUACCCCCUUUUUAGAUGUGCAGUGAUCUCAUUUUAUUUAUAUUACGCGGUGAUCCAGUACACGCGAUGUAAUAUUUUCCAUUUAGACCUUAUAGUUCCUAGUCCAAUUUACAAUGUGUUUCAACACAUACUUUCGUCCUGUACUGUAUAUUUUUAUUAAUUUAGAAAAAAAUUUACUAGUGUUAAUUUUAUAUUAAUAAUUAUUAAUGUAUUUAUUUAAUAGAAUUAAACGUAAUAUUAUGUACAUUUUAUAAAUUUCGCCGGCGAAAAAAGAUUAAGUGAGUGUUGAAUUAAAAGAGCGUUAAUUAAAUAAAUGGAUGAGACCAAUCAGAUCAUCUCUGAUAUGUUUUACCUUUCUCGGUUUGCUAGUUCAUUGGCAGCCCUGUAGUUUUAUCAAGUCUUCAAUUGAACUAGUCUUUAUCUACACGUGCAGUUAAAAAUACAUUAUGCUACUAUUUUCAUUUAACUUAAUUACUUCACAAAGCUUAAAUUUAAUAACCGUAACCGUAGGCAAUAAAUUAAUAACAAUAGGUAAUAUAUCAAAAGUAUUUAGCCGGCGAUGUUAGGAACUAGUUGAAAUUAUAGUUAUAGACAAUUAGAGAAAUUAUUAAUAAACAAGUAACAACUCAAAUUUUCACUUGAACGUAGAUAGUUGCCAUAGAUUUUAUACGUCUAGUGUAUGUCUAGUAAAUGCAUUUUUGUAGCUGCUUUUAAGUAUUGUUUUUUUUUUGGAUUAUGUAAAAUGUUAUGAAGCCAUUACAAUAAUUACGGUGGGUUGAAUUGUCGAAAGUUUGAGUAAAAUGGAUUGUGAUGUGUCAGUAUAUUAAAGUUUAACAUUAGAGUUUCACGUAAGGUGUAUGUGGGUAACUUCAGAGACCGGGUAUGUCCGGAUAAUUUAAAAACUUUCUAGACAUAGUGCAGAUCGUUAUCUUGUGCUGUCCCUUCAGCUUCAGUCUGCGUGUAUCAAAGCAUCGCGCUGGUUGGUGUGACACACAAACACAACUUUGAAUUAUCCGGACAUACCCUGUAUCCGAGCUUACUCUAAUUCAAUAUAAGAAUGAUCUAGUUUUAUCACAGAUUUAUGGAAAAACAAUUGUGUUCGUACAAUCUUUACGAUCGAUUGAAAUAAACGUUCUACACUGUCUUGCUUAUAAUACAUAUUACUGGAAAGAUUUUAGCCAUAAAAAGGGAGUAAUCAUUUAUUUUCUCAAAAUUGGUUCGUUUAGAAUUCUUUUUGAUGUCGGUUCAAACACUACCAGCGCUUCGGAAACAAAUGGCGCACUGAGAGAGAAUAAACGGUGCAUGAAACUUUCCUAGCAUUCUUUUAUUGCGUUCUUUUAAAUAAAAUAUACAAUAUAUGUGCUGUCAUUUUUAUUGUUAUAAAAUAAUCAUAAUGUAGUCCCAGGUUAUCUGAUCGCAUAGAUAUUCAGCAACAUUUAAAUAUUUGUCUAUACGUUUCUAUAUUCUAAAUAUGGGCUUUUUUUGACAAUUUUGACUCGACCCACCCUUCAUGUUGUUUAUUUAUAUAUUUAAUUUAAAUUGUUUUAUUAUGUGAUGUAUUGUGACACUGCCAAAAUUUUUUUGUAUCAAAUGUACUGUAAAUUAUAUCGAUGUAGAAAAA